AAACAAUAGAAAUUAGCAUUAAGUUAAUAAAUUUGUAGAAAUUCUUAGCGUUUACAUUAUAGUGUUGUUAGCUUCAAAUGGUAUGCCGGAUAAGGUAUAAAAAAUCGGUGACUAUUCUUUUGCAUUGACUUUGGCACAGAAAUCCUUCAAAUUGUUGUUGCUUUGGCCUUCAUCGAAGUCUUAGUAGAGGAAUCAAAGAAAACACACACUAUGAAAUUAGACGAUAUUGUGUCUUGGUAUCAGAAAAAGAUUGGGACCUAUGAUAAGGAACCAUGGGAGAAAACCGUUGAAGAGAAAAUACUUGAUGGCUUUAGCAGUGUGACAUUAAAAACGGCAAAAUUAAAAACUGAACUAAUCGAUGUGGAUUUAGUUAGAGGUUCUACGUUCCCGAAAGCAAAACCUAAACAAUCUCUAUUAACUGUGAUAUAUUUGGCUAUAUUACGUUACCUGUUUCUACCUUUAUAUGCUCAGUGGUGGGUACGUCAAACCUCGCCCAAUACCUUUGCUUUAUUUCUCUUUCUCUACAUAACGCAAAUGAUUAAUUGGGCUGUCUAUACGUUCAAUGUGAACCGUUUGGACCAAUAUUCUUCAGUGCCAUCUUCAACAACACCAACGACGACGACUACAACUGCAGCAAAUAAUUAUAGUAAAUUAUUUUUGAAACAUGCAUCAUCAUCUACUGAAGCAAAUACACACACUACGGAACAUAUUGUGUCCAUAUCGGAACUCUUAAUACCGAUGGCUUUAAGUUUUUUACUGAGUUUAAUUCACUCACAAAUAGUGGCAACCAACAUAGCCCAAAGCGGCUCUAAAUGUUCAAAACGGCGCCGUUUUUCAAAUGCAAGUCAAAAUGGUCGCACGUCCAAAGACGUGGGCUUACGACGGCGUAAAAAAUUAGUAAAAUUACGUAGUCAAGACGUAGGAGAUAAUCUGCCUUCUCAAUUAUCUAAUCAACGGAAGACCUUACCGGGUAAAAAGUACUGCAGUGAUGUGAAAAACACUCAUCUAUCACAGCCUAAUCUUAGACAAAAGGAAAAUGUAUCCUCAAUAAUAAGACACAACUCUUGUACUCCUGCACAACCAACGCCUUCUACGACACAAAAUGUGACAAAGCACCUUCAAUUAGAUCUCACUCACAAUAACAAUGGAGACGAUACGGAAUGUCAGCUGAGGAGAGUAAAUUGGCGUUCACCCAUACAUAAAUGUGCGAGCAUAAAUAGCAUUACAAUUGACACGCAAGAAAAGCAGCAACAAACUUCACCGCAAUCCAUUUCCACCACAAGUAGUAUGGGUGAAAACGCAAGCGUUUCAUCGAGCAGUAAUUCUUCACCUUCGAAAGCAAUGCAUAUUGAUUUAUGUGUACAGGAAUUUUACGAUGAUCUUAUCGAUCGGACAACUAACAAUGAUCACGUUGACAACAUAAACGCAGCAGAAAAUCGUAAUCGCGUGAAUGCAGGCACUCAAAGACGCGGUGCCAUAGGUGAAGACGAUGGUUUCGAAAGUUUAAACGGUAAAAGCUCAAGUGGUGAAGAAACUAACAAUGCGCCAAAUUCAAAUUUAAAUCAAACUAAUUUGCACUCUCAAAAAGUUGAGGAAGUGAAUGAGAAUUCCUCAGGUUCAUUCUAUCGCCGGAAAGUCUAUCAUGUUCCCGGAUCAUUGAAAUUGACGCGUUCUCAAGAGGUUAGCAGUGAGGAAACUGAAGAAGAAGGUGACGAGGGUGACCUAAUAUCGAGCCCAGCCACACCUGCUAAUACCACUUAUAAUGAAUGCACUACAUCGGCUACCGAAUGGCUGGGUAUAACAACAAAUAGUGAAGAAUGUAGCUACAGUUCAGAUUUGGAUAAUUCGGAUAAUUACAAAGGCAACUCAGAUGAUUAUGGUUGUGAUUUAGAUUUUACACCAGCCACAAUAUUAAAUCUUCAUGGUGCAAGUGAUCGAAUCAGUUGCACUAUUUGGGAUCAACAUGACAUCAAGAAAGCUCAAAUGUCAGUUUUAGAGAUAUCAUCAUGCAUUAUAGACAACGUGGAAUCAAUGACCGAGACAAAUGAUUAUGUUUACAUAGGAAUAUUCUUUUCGAUAUUGCUUUCAUUGAUACCGUGUUUUUGCCGAUUGUGUGAGGUUACCUUUGAUAACGAUAAGUCUGAUGAGAUUAAUUAUUUUGAUAUUCCGAUGUUGUUGUGGGAGAAAGCUUCAUUUUCAUUCAUCGCGAUUUUUCGAUUCGCUUUUGGACAAACUCAAUGGGAACGUUUAGUAUUAGUUUUAGGCUUUUUACAACGUCUCUGUUUAACAUUGAUAUUGUUCAUGAUCUUCGCUGUGGCAGAAAGAACAUUUAAGCAAAGGUUUCUAUACGCUAAGUUAUUCUCACAUCUGACGUCGUCACGUCGAGCACGCAAAUCAAAUUUGCCUCAUUUCCGUUUGAAUAAAGUGCGUAGCAUUAAAACCUGGCUCAGCGUGCGGUCCUACUUAAAGAAACGAGGUCCACAGCGCUCGGUGGAUGUCAUUGUCUCAGCUGCUUUUAUGCUCACUUUAUUCCUCUUGGGUUUUCUCAGCGUUGAAUGGUUGAAAGAUUCUGUGCAAUUGCAUUCUCAUUUAAAUCUAGAAGCGUUAUUAUGGUCUACUGCAAUAGGAGUUUAUGUUUUACGUUAUAUGACGUUAGGCAAUAAGACACAUCAUAAGUAUCGCAGCGUUUCCGUUUUAAUAACGGAACAAAUUAAUUUAUAUCUACAGAUUGAAAAGAAACCGAAAAAGAAAGAUGAGCUUAUGGUAGCCAAUAGCGUUCUUAAGUUGGCCGCAGAUUUAUUAAAAGAAUUGGAAACACCUUUCAAAAUAUCUGGCUUAAGUGCUAAUCCAUAUCUUUUCACAACCAUUAAAGUGGUAAUAUUAUCGGCUUUGUCAGGUGUACUAAGCGAAAUGUUAGGAUUUAAGUUAAAAUUACACAAAAUCAAAAUUAAAUAGUGUAUGUCUUAGCAUUCAUUAAAUGAUUGCAUGGCAUCACGACAUUCUUUAAAUCUUUAUCUUACAUAUUUAUUGAACAAAUCAAAUUAGUCAUUGAUUCCUUAACAAAAGAAAAAAAGAAAAAUUUAUUAACUUAAAUAACAAAUAAAAACAAUAGAAAUCACUACACACACUAAUGCAGCAGAUUUUCCGUUAAAGUUUUACUUCAUUGAAGUCGCGUGAAUUUUUCUAAAAACGCCAGAUUCAAUUUAUGCUGAAGCCAUUACAUAACUUAACUUUUGCUCCAACUAGAUAAAUAAGUUGGCAAAGGGCUAACUGAAGCAGUUAAUACCAUUCCACCUACAUGUAGUUAUAGUAUAAAAUAGAAUUUUAUUAAAUAAAAACCUGUUUACGAUUACUUGGAACAAUGACAAGAUUGGAAUUUAACACAGAAACAUAGAAAACUCGUAGUUGGAGUAUUCUCAAAAUAAUAAUAGUGAGAUAAUAGUGCGUUUAAUACAAAUAUUUCUUAUGUAGUUAAAAAGGAAUUAUUUUCUUCAGUUAUACUAAACCUAAAGGUUAAUUAAUUCUUACACCCGUCACGGCGGAAUACGUAGUUCUCAACGAAACCUGUUAUUCUGACAAAGCUCGUUGCAGGCAGACGAUUUAAGUGUGUCGACAACGUCGUGGGAAUCGUGUUGUGAUGGCCCGUCUUGCCGUGGACGGUUGCCAAAAAGAUUAUAUCUGCUUUGACUUAGCGCCCGUCACCAUAAUGUUAUACGCUAC